AAAGUAAUAAACGUCAACUACUUUAGGAGUUUAUAAGACAUUGAAAGAGAGCUAACCAACAAGUUCUCCUACAUCUGUUUCACGCAUAUUGCAAAUAUAAUAACAGUGAUGAGGAAGCCGAUAGGAGGUGUAGGGAAUCACAAGGAUUUGAUAUCCAGUGAGAAUGGUGGGAUAACGAUGAAGAUGAGGAAAGGUUUGUGGUCGCCUGAAGAAGAUGAUAAGCUAAUGAACUACAUGAUCACCAAUGGUCAUGGCUGCUGGAGUGAUAUAGCUCGUAAUGCCGGUUUGCAGAGAUGCGGCAAGAGCUGUCGGCUCCGUUGGAUAAAUUACUUGAGGCCUGACCUUAAACGUGGUGCUUUUUCUUCUCAAGAAGAAGAACUCAUCAUUCAUCUUCAUUCCCUCCUUGGCAACAGGUGGUCACAAAUUGCUGCACGAUUGCCUGGUCGUACAGAUAAUGAGAUCAAGAAUUUUUGGAACUCGACCAUAAAAAAGAGACUAAAAAAGUCAGCAUCAAAUUCAGCGUCGCCGAACAUGAGCCAUGACUCAUCAUCUUCAGAACAUCAGGAAGUCAUGGCUGGAUUGAUGUCCAUUCAUGAUUCUAGCAACAUCAUGGCUAUGUACAUGGAUGCAACAAGACAAUAUUCAUCAUCAUCAUCAUCAGCCAUGCAAGCCAUGACCAUGAACCACUUGAUGGAACCAUUGACACUUUCUGAUGCUGAUGAUCACCAUCAUCAUCAGCAUGCCUCAUGCUAUGGUAAAACACAAGUUGGCAUCGAUGGUAAUGGGGUUAGUUACCACGGACGUUAUGAGAUCUUUGGGGGGAAUUUAAGUUUAGUAGAUGAGAUUUUCGGCAUCCCACCAUUAGAUAUACCCAACGAUAAUCAAUAUACCAAUACUGAAAAUCUUCAUGAUAGAAACCCCAUGAUCGUGAGUAACAACAUGAAUAGUGUUAUUAUCAACCAAUGUUAUAACAAUAACAAGCACAAGGUACAGACCCUAGCAGCAGGGUUUGAAAACUGUUGGGAAGGAGGGAAUGACCUAAAAGUUGAAGAAUGGGACUUUGAAGAACUAAUGAGAGAAGCUUCAUCUUUCCCUUCACUUGAUUAAAUCUUUCAAAAAGUAGAUUUUUUUUUAAUUACCCUCAAAUUUAUUUUUGCCAUUUUUUUGAAAGGGGAAUACUUCUUUUAAUUUCCAUAUUUUGCAGUAGUAACGAGUAAAAAGUUAUAGAAUAAAAUGGCACGAAACAUAUAUGGAUACAAUGGGAGCCGGUGUGCAAAAACUUUACUGUAUAGAUAUAUAGAAAGUGUACAUGUACAUCAUCAUGUAAGAACAAUCAGGCGAACAGAUCAUGGGUGGUUAAUAAUAUUCAA